UGCUGUAACUUGUUAAUUGACAUCCUGGGAGAAGAGUUGAAAUUUUGUUUUUUUUUUUUUUUUACCUCGCUUAGAAUAUGUGCUAAUUCUUAAUACUCAAGAUUUUUUUUUCCCGAUAUAAUCUUAAGCUACUGUAAAGAAUGACGUAUGAUUUAAGAGUUGCGGUAGUCUGUUCGAGUAAUCAAAAUAGAAGUAUGGAAGCACAUGCUUUUCUUAGUAAAAAAGGAUUCAAAGUUCGUUCAUUUGGUUCUGGAAAUCAAGUUAAAUUACCUGGCCCUGCUCCAGAUAAACCUAAUGUUUAUGAUUUUGGUGUCUCAUAUGAACAAAUGUAUCAAGAUUUGCUAGCUAAAGAUAAAGCUUUAUACACACAAAAUGGCUUGCUUCAUAUGUUAGAUCGUAAUAGGAGGAUAAAAUCUCAUCCAGAAAGGUUUCAGAGCUGCUAUGAAACUUUUGAUGUUAUAUUCACUGUUGAAGAACGUGUUUAUGAUCAAGUUGUUGAAGAAUUAGCCAGCCGUUCACCUAGAGAAAUUUCUCCAGUCCAUAUAAUCAAUAUAGAUGUUCAAGAUAACCACGAAGAAGCUACUAUUGGAGCCUUUUUAAUAUGUGAAAUGGCAACAAUGAUGUCUGAAUCAGAAGAUUUAGACAAUGACAUUGAUGAACUACUUCAGGAAUUUGAAACUAAAGCGCAAAGACCAAUUCUACAUACGGUACAAUUUUAUUAAACUUGAUAACUAAAAAAGUUAUUUUUUCUAAUUUAGAAGGAGCGUGAUUUUUACGCUAAUAUCAGUGAACUAUAAAAAAUACAUGUUCCAGUUUUUUUUUAAUUGUACGUAAGUACCCUAAUUUCUUAUGUAAUUAUAAAAAUUAUUUCAGAAGACAUUUUAUGGUUGAAUUCCACUUCCAUGAAUUUGAGGACAGCAGUUACGAAUAUAGCGAAAGUAUAUAUUUUUGAGUUAUUAAUUUAUGAACAGCUGCAAAUUUUUGUUGAAGAAGUAAUAUUUCCCUUGUCAUAAUUGUUUAUAUAUUGUCUUGAAUUUCAGUGGUAACUCAUAAGUGGAAAUUU